UUGUUCUUGCAGUAGUUACUGUUUAUGGUACUUAGCAUCAAAUUUAAUGCACAUUUGGACGUAGGAUUUUGUUGUUUACUUAUUCCCCAUUUUCUAUACAGGACUUCGUGGCUAAAUCUCUUGGUUCAAUCAACAAGGUUGAACCUUCUAAGCUUUUAUGUGAACAAGAAGGCAGCUUCAGUUAGUAGUUCAAGUUUCCAGACCCAAGUUGAUGGUGCUUAUAUUACUUCUCAAGAAGUGGCAGACAUCAGAAAUCAGAGAAAUGUAAAUGAAGAAGAUAUCCUCAACAAGCUCCAACUUUUUAAACAGUUUGAUACUGUUGAAGAUUUUUCAGAUCAUCACUAUGCUUCCAGUGGAGCUUCAACAAAGCAGCCACUGAAGAAUUUGAAAAGAAAUUUGCCAGAUAUGAAAAGGACCGUAUGCAUCCCAUCCAUAAUCUUCCGAAUGGAAAAGCUUGUUCAUGCUUUGCUCAUACAGGCUCAGAAGUUGAAGUUGGAUGUCGAGAUGACAUUUCUUGAAUUGAACACGAUUCUCAGAGUUUUUAAAAUCUGCGUUCCAAUUGUUUUGAUCAUUUUAAUGCAUUCAUUGUACAGAAAGUUCCCGUUUCUUCCUUCUAAUUGUUGGACCGACACGCCAAGCAGUCUUCAUAGGCAGUCCUCGUCCGGAGGUUGAGGAUGUUCAUUCCAUACCUAGUCGAGGUGAAACUCUAGCCAGGUUCAAGAAAAGACUAUGCAGUGAAAGCAAAUUCUGAUCUGUGUUAAAGAUUGAAGGAUGGAUGAUGAGACCAUUGAAUUUCAAAUUUCAAUAAUUCAUAGAGUUUCUUGGAUAAAUCUGGUUUUCUAACGGUGAGGCAUUAAUUGAAUCCAGUGAUGAACCUCUUUUUGAUGAUGAAGAAUAUUCUUGACAAAGUGAGGCAUAAAUGUUGUAACCAUCACGAAAAUUUGUGGCCUAUACAUGUUGGAUGAUAUGGAAAUCGAGGUGUGAAGUAACGGUAUGGAAGGAGUAGUUAUCAGUCUAAUUUGCUAUUCUAAGAGCAAGGAAUGCAAUUAUGGAGUAUUGUAAACUUUUGGAGGAAAAGGAGGUGUCAGGAAAAAGGAAAGAUGGUUUGCAAAGUGUUUGUCAGGAUAAGUGGCGCUGUUCAGAGGCUGGGUGGUUGAAAGUGAACUGUGAUGGGGCAUACUGUGCGAGAACAGGACAAGGGAGAAGCAGGGAUAGGGGUGCUAUUAUGAAAUGAAAGGGGAGAACUUGUUGGAGGAAUAAGAAAGAAUGUAAAGGCAGAUUCUGGUCUGCUAGCAGAAGGAUUAGCACUCAAAGCAGGAGUAGAAUUAGCUGCCGAACAGAGAAAUCAAAAAGUAAUUAUAGAGAUAGACUCCGAAAUACUUUCAAGAGUAUAAAUAAAACAAGGGAGAAGCAGGAUUGGAGGCUUAGGCCUGUUUUACAGGAUGGGAACUGAUAAAUGAAGAGAAGCUGAUAUUGAUAAGAAGGCAAGCCAAUAAAGCAGCUGACUAAGUGGCAAUAUAGUCAAAAAUGGGGAUGAGUGUAACAGGUUGGCUUAGGCAACCUCCACUCAUUGGUAGGAAUAUUGAGUAGGAAUGAACUACCAGCACCACUUGAUUGUUAAUUAGUUUGAGAAUGAAUAAUUGUUGAAAUAGAGUUUCCGUAAGAUCUCAGUAGGUUUAGUAAAACAUUGUCCUGAGUUGUUUUGAUCAAUAAUAUUCUUUUUAAUUGGCGAAGAAAAAGUUGUAACCAUCGAUAUCACCAACCUCAUCAUACGGCUUGUCCAUGAAGUCAUCAAAUUGUCUUGGAUCUUUUCCGUUAACCAAAUUAUGACACAUUUCU